AUGCUGACGUUGCGCCUCACCUUGUGAGAUUUUGCGACUCGGUUCUGUCUGGAUGCGACCGGGGCGCCUUUUUGGUUUUUUUUUUUUUCGUCUCUUCGGCCCCUGAUCAGGCGCGCAGCUUCGAACGAGUAUAUAUAUCAAGGUAUCAUGUAUAACUGAGAACGCCCGGUCCUUGAUCGCGAACGGUGUUGGGCCGCCGGCGCCGAAGCAUCGCAUAUCCCGAUCCUGGUCCCAACCCUUCCGAACGUACAUUUUUCCUGGGAAUUCGGAGUCCAAUCGCUCCGAAUCAUGGUCGCCCGAGACCCCAAUGGCUGCCACACCGUUUGACGUACCCGCGCCCGGCAGCGCAUACGCUUUUGAUAUCUACAAUGAUGCCCAGUCCCACGCGCCGCGGGCGCCGGCGCCGGCGCUCCCGGGAGGGCCCUGCAAUUACACGGACUCGACGCUGCCGCGCUGCGGUUGCCGCCGGUUCUGGAGUCGCGCGUCGCUCAGCAGCCCAGUCUUCCAGGACGCCGGCUCCCUGGCCGAAGUCUGCAUGUGCUCACACCACGCCUGCUUCCACGAGGAUGCCCAGCCCGGACAGACGCAACAGGAAUUCGCCAUGGCAAACGCUCCAGGACAGGAGAACCAAAAGCCCGUCGUCAGCCGUGCGCCUCUGAGCCCGGUUCAGCUUCCAUCGCUCCAUGCUCCGGGGAGCUUAGGGUCGUCGCUGGACUUUAACUUCUUGGACUUCCAAGCAUCCUUGUCUGCCGCCAGGGUCGAGGCCGCCAACCCAUCCCCGGCUGGGGACACCCAUGCCGGACAGGACAGCCCAAUGCCGGACACGGUUACUAACUGGGAAGAGCUGACCCGGUCCCCAGCCGGACAUGCCAGAGGACUGCCGCCGAUGCCCACCCAAUGCUUGAUGUCGCCCCCGCCCCCGCCGUCGACCUCGGCCUCCAGCCAAGCGAGGUAUCUCCGGCCGUUUGCCGGGAAGGGGCUGCAGACACUAAGUGGCGUCUCUGCCCCAAGGCCAGAGUCGCGCCGGCGGGAACAUGCUGAGCAGGCAGAUGACCCGGGACAGGCGCCUACGGAGGCUGCCCCCACUCCCGAGGCAGCACCGUCACAAGACCGUCCCGUGUCGGGGCUGGAGACUGCCUACCAGAAGCUAUCCGAGAGGGUCGAUAGUCACGAACAGCGGCUCGACAGGCUGGAAACGAAUUCCUUCUCCGUUGCCGGCCACGAGGACUGCCACGACAGGCACGAGAACAUCGAUCUCCGCGUCACCGAGCUGGAGUCGCGGGUAGACGAGGUGGAAAAGAUCCUCAACGACAACGGCAGCGUCAUCAGCAGCAGGCGGGCGCCAAAGCAGGGCGGCGGCGGCGGCGCCGACGACGCCACCGCCAGCGUUGCCUCCGUCUCGACGAAUGCCACCGUGCUUGCCUCGAAUCGCGCCGAGGUCUACAACCAACUCCAACAGCUACAAGCGCAGGUGAACCAGCUCCAGGCGGCCGCCUUGCCGUCGUACGUGAAACCCUGGGAGCUAGAGGUCGUCUUCCUACCGUUUCCGCUCAAAGGCAUAUGGAUCGAAGCGAAGGAGUUUGCCAACCACCGCCGAUCUACGGGAUCCAACUUUGAGGGCUGGACGCAGAUGCCAAACACUCUCAGCCGAGCGACGCCAGAUCCGCAGUCGCCCAAGUUCCAGGAAUGGCCGGGACAAGGCCCCGAGUCUAACUGGCUGUUGCCCAGGGCCUUUGCUGCCGGGCGCAUCAUUGACCAGCGGCUGAGGAGCCGCGGCUUGAUCAAGACGGUUCUUGUUAGGGGGCCGGACGCCCGGAGCGUCCACCUUGCGAUACACGACGCGUUCGAAGAUGUCCUGCGAAUCUCCUCCAGCUCAGAGGCGCGAUCUGCGCUCGCACCCGAUUAUCCCCUCACCGAGUUCCUCGGGCUGAGGCAGGCCUGGGUUCCGUUGCGCAAGCUACACAAAGACUCCCGACUCCGGUUCCUCUCCCCGGCCGAGAUGGCGACGCCGACACUGUGGGACUUCACCUUCCUCGCAUCCAGCGUCGUCAUGAAGGCGGCCGGCGCCCAGAGGCUCUACAUCACCCAGCCGGAGGCUUACCUUCAGGACCACCCCCUAGGCUAUCACGCCAUCGAGGCGGGCUGGACGUGGCAGAAGCUGCGCCAGCUGAGUAGGGUCUACCCCGACUCCCAGAGCAGCGCCGACGUGCCCGAGGCCGACGCGCUCGAGGAGUGCUGGAACUGGAACGACCGCCUCGACGGUCCGCCCAGCGUGCCCGCCUCUGCCAUCAGCCUGCGACAGUCCAUCCACCAGCGCGCAGCUUCUCGCCGCUCCUCCACCGAACCCUCCGGCCAAUUCUAUACCGGCGUGGAAUCCCCGAUCCUGUCCACAGGUCACAGCCACAGCCACGGCGGCCCCAGCCGCUCCCGCGCGCAAUCCCCCCUCAUCCAGCGCGAUCGCAAGGGCUCCUGGCCAUCCAGCAUCCGCGCGGGUUCGCUCCCGCCAGGCGCCCACCCCGCCCUCCUCUCACCCGCCCAAUCCCGCCGCCGCGUCUCCUCCCACGCAGCGCUCACACCCUACGAGCGCCGCUCCUCUCCCUUCGUGCCCCGCGCUAGCCCGCGCCUCCAGAGUCCCCGACCAGGUCCCGUUCACAGCCACAACAUGCCCACCUCGUCCACCAAGCGCCGCUUCGCCAGCCGCUCGCCCAGCCUCGCGCCGCGGAACACGCCCCGCUGGAGCAGAACCAGCAUGAGCCGCUCACCCUCCCUCGCGCCCGGGGGGUUGUACGGUCAGAAUCAUCACCAUCACCAUCGUCAUCACCAUCGGGAGGACGAAAACGGGCGAGAGAGGAGGAUGACGACGCCGUUCUACUACGCCACGCCGCAUAGCGAGGCGGUGCCCGAAUUUGGGUACCACCGUGGGGGGAGUCGAGGCCCGGUGGCUUUGGGAAAUGGCAACGGUGAUGCGGGGUUGAGGGUGUACGACGGCUACGGAGACGAAGACGAGGAUAUGGCCGAGGACGAGGGGUUUACGACCACGGGAAGCUCGGGCACCGGCGACGAGGGAGAUAGCGAGAUGACCGACCGACCCGACCAUCCGGGCUAUCACCGCCACUCUCACCAAAACUACCACCACCGGGCGAGCGGACGGCGAAGCGUGGAGCGGCAGGUCGGCAACGGAUCGUUCGGGUUCGGCACCGACGGCGGCGAUGACGCGGAUCUGGACAUCGACGUGUACGAGGACGAGGACGAGCUGGACGGUGUCGACACCGACGCCGGGAACAUCACGGAUCAUCAUCAUCAUCAUCAUCCUCAUCAUCCUCAUCAUCCGCCUUCCCGCCACCGCCGUUCCCGCUCUCAUACCACCGGCAGUGGCGGCGGCGUGUGGCAUGGGUUCGGCCGCCAGACGCCCUCCCUCGCCAGCCAGCAGCAGCAGCCCCUCCGGCCCGAGGACAUACCAUGGGCCGGCAUCGAGGAUCCCAUCGCCAACGGCGGCAUUGACCUCGAAGGCGACAGCAACAUGUCGGACGGGGAGAACAUCGACCCGACCUCGCAGUCGAGCCUGUCGCUGGGAGACGACGACGACAGGGGAGGGGGUCAGAUCACGAUCCACGAGGACGAUGACGACGAAGAUGACGACGACGAACUGGGCGGGAUGGAAAUCGUCGGACGAGGACAAGGGCAAGGACAAGGACAAGGACGACGAAAAGGAGGAAAACGAGAGGCCGAGAAAACCACCAACAACAACAACAACGACGACGACGACGACGACGACGACGACGACGAGGACGGGGACACGAGCAGCCAGGCGCCGAGCGAGUACUCGAGCAAGCCGGGGCCCUGGCAGAUCAUCCCGCUGCCGACGACGGAAGGGCCCAGCAACAGGGGGGUUGGUGGCAGCGAGCUGGACGUCGGCAUGGCCCAGAAGCAGCCGCACAUGAUGACCCGCGGGGGAAGUGGUAGUGGCAGCAGCAGCAGGAGCUCGGUAAUGGGGUUCCGGAUCCACGAGGACGGCACUGCGGGGCCGGCCGGGCCAGAGUCGGCCGAGGGGCUGCUGGAUACCCAGUGGGGGUGAAGAAGGCCGCUCUACAGAUCAUUCCUCCCGAGUCACUUCGAUGGUUUUUACGUAUAGCGGCGGGUCGAUCUCGCAUUAAUCUUACAUGUUUUGGUUUCGGUAAUUGUCGGGAGCAUCUACGCAGGCGGCGUAACGUUCGGGGGUUAGGUUCAUAUGAGGGAGCGAGCGUAUCAUAUUUUUGGCUUGGUCGGCGUUCGGUUUCGUCAUUGGAUAUUGGGGGGGGGGAGGGGG